CACAAAGGGGGUUUAUCAAAUUCGCAAAUUCACCGCCGAUUGCUCCUCUGUCAUUUCAAACCCUCGCUCACUAGCUUUCAGCCCUUAUUCUUGUGCAACACAGACACUUGUUCAUAUCCUGAUCGGAAUUCAUUCGCACACUCCCUCUGUUGUCCUGCCAUCUCACCUUGUCGGCCUCACUUCAUGGCUGGACCCUCACUUUGUCCGCCCCACGCCUAUCCCUCGAAAGCAGUUGGUUGCUGAACCAGUCACUACCGUCUGCGUUGCUUGAGCUAGUCAUUUGCCUGUUUGGAUGAACUCUCAGGCACUGGUUUUGCCCCUUGUUCCUGUUUUAUCUCUCUUGAGUCCCAAGCAAGGCAGUGAAUUCCUGAGUUACCUUAAUAUCCAUACCCCCUCCUUCGAAAAGUCUUUGUGUUAGAUACACUCAUAUCUACAGCUCCUUUCUGGACAUGCACAUGAGUAACACGGUCUAUUGCUGAAAAUGGCAUCUCAAAAUGUUUAUUCCCGGGACCAGUUCAUGAAUCCUGGUCCUGCUCCUCGCCCGCCCACAGACCGACCCCGCAUUAACACGGCGUCCACUGUGUCAAGCGUUCCCACCAGCUUUAGCCAGAUGUCCUUGAACUCGCCGUCCACGCCCACCUUGUCCAUAUUUCCGAAUUCUAGCACACUGUCUUUGAGCCAAAAGAGUGGCCAAGGCGGGGUUGCUGUAAUAAAGGAGGGAUACGUCCGCUGUAAGGAGGAUAAAUUCUUAGCCAGCUGGAAUCAACGCUAUCUAAUCCUUCGGGAAUUUAAACUCGAAUUCUUGAAAAAUGAGACUGGCAAGGUGGUCCUGUCUAUCCAACUUAACAACAUUACCAAUGUCACUCGUUCAGAGGAUACGCGGAUGGCAUUUGAGAUUACUCGAAUUGCCAAUCCGAAAGAUGCUAAUAACCGUGCGGCUCUUACAAGCCGAGACGUAGCCACCAAGACGAUUACUUGCGAAGUCAAAAGUGACGACGAGAUCUAUGAAUGGAUUGACAAGAUCUAUGAGCGCUGCCCUGGUAUGGGUGGUGUCAGCAACCCAACCAAUUUCAGUCAUCGUGUCCAUGUUGGAUUUGACCCUCACACUGGAGCGUUCGUUGGGCUUCCUGCGGAAUGGGAGAAACUUCUGACGGCAUCCGCUAUUACGAAGGAGGAUUACAAGAAGAACCCUCAGGCUGUUAUUGAGGUCCUUGAGUUCUACUCUGAUAUCAAAAGGCGUGAGCAAAAUCCGCAAUAUUAUCAGGGUAUGGGUCCUGGAUACCCUUCAAGUCAACGUCCAAUGCAAUCAGGCCAUUCUUCCCCUUCUCAGCGGCUGGUCAUGCAACGGAGCGACACCAGCCAGUCUCAACGACAGUAUGGUGAAAUGUCAUCAAAUACUUCUCCGGUUUCGCACCGUAAGGUCUCAGAUGCCGACCGUUCUUAUGCAUCAUAUCAGCAGGAGGUUUCGAAAGAGAUGCCAGACCCGGAGCAGAGACGCCGCAUGGACGAGGAAGCUCGACGUAUCCGAGAAAUGCAACGCCAGCGUGAAGAGGAACAGAAUCGCCGAGAACAAGAGGCAUAUAAUGCCUCACUUCCGAAGACCCGUCCACCUCUUGCACAGCAAGAAUUAGGCGGAUAUGGAGGUGGUCGAGUUGAAACGCCUAACAAUCGAUUUAACCCAUCGCGUCCUGCACCUAACAUCCCUACUACUGAUCGUAGUCGCCAACAGGCUCCAGGGUCACUUCGGCAAAUGACUCCACAACGCCCUGCGCCCUCAACCCCCAAAACUGGCACGUCGACAUCUCGAGCCGCCGAGCCCCUUAAUGGCCAAGGAUCUCUCCGUUCAGCGCCACGACCCGACCCAUCCCGUCAACCAACAUCUGAUCGAUACGCUCCAGAGAAGCGUCCGAAUCUUAAUACACCAGGUCAACCUCCAAGCCGUCUUCCGGCUCCUGUACAGCCUGUUAAGCCUCUUAACAUUGCAAAUAAAACAACUGGUGCCCAGACUAAAGCUGUCCCUGAUGGCAUUCGACAAGCGGAAGCUGCUCUAACCAAGAAAGCCGAGCCUCGUCACAAGGAUGUCCGCAUGUCGACUAUGUCGGAAAGCGAAGUUAUGGAGAGACUUAAACAAGUCGUAUCAAAGGAUAAUCCAAGUGAAUCAUAUAGUAAGCAACGUAAAAUCGGUCAGGGCGCGUCUGGUUCUGUAUAUGUUGCGCGGAUUAAGGAAACUGCCACGUCCCCUAUUGCUCGUGAACUUUACCGCACGCAUGGUCCAAGAGCACAAGUUGCCAUUAAGCAAAUGGAUCUCAAGAGUCAGCCGCGCAAGGAACUCAUUGUUAACGAGAUCAUUGUGAUGAAGGAUAGUCAACACCCGAACAUUGUGAACUUCUUGGAUUCGUUCCUGCAGGAGCAAAACAAUGAGCUUUGGGUUGUUAUGGAGUACAUGGAAGGUGGUCCUCUGACUGAUGUGAUUGAAAACAAUCCUGUCAUCCAAGAAGAUCAGAUUGCAACUAUCUGCUAUGAGACCUGCAAAGGAUUGGCACACCUCCAUAGUCAAUCAAUCAUCCACCGUGACAUCAAAAGUGAUAAUGUUUUGCUUGACCGCGUGGGAAAUGUGAAGAUUACCGACUUUGGUUUCUGCGCAAAGCUUACUGAAUCAAAGAGCAAACGUGCGACAAUGGUGGGCACACCAUACUGGAUGGCUCCAGAGGUUGUCAAGCAAAAGGAAUACGGGCCACGAGUCGAUAUCUGGUCUCUCGGUAUCAUGGCCAUUGAAAUGAUUGAGUCCGAACCGCCCUAUCUGAAUGAGGAACCUCUCAAAGCUCUGUAUCUGAUUGCGACCAACGGAACACCACGUCUAAAGAAGCCGGAAAAAUUGAGUAAAGAGCUCAAGUCUUUCCUUAGCGUUUGCUUAUGCGUCGACGUUCGCAGCCGUGCGUCGUCAGACGAGCUGCUUCAGCAUGAGUUCCUCCGGAACGGUUGCAGUCUGGCUAGCCUUGCAGAGUUACUUCGGUGGAAGAAAAACACCGCCCAGUAAUUCCAAAUCGCUAUUACACAUUUUGGUGAUUGAUGCAGUCGUCUCAGACUCCGAAAAAUUUUUCCAAUUGGGAGCUAAUUCCAUCCCUUCCGCGGCGGCAUUUUCGGCUUGAUAAAUCAUUUGCAUAACCUCUCUUGCUUCUAACGACUUGGUUUAUUCAUGUCCCCGUCCUUCACUCGAGUCAUCGUACCCCCACACACUCUCUCUACGUCUUGGUCGUUAUCCGCAAUCCUCCACUUUUGCCUAUUCCUCUCGGCUUAUAUCCCGCCUGCGACUUCUUCUCGCCGUUAAUGCUCCUUGUUAUGUUGCCCAUUACCCCUGGCGCUGACAGUAUUACCUGGCAGGCGUUUCUGGAUUCAUGAGGUGUCAAUUAUAAUUAAAAAGAGACGCAUAUCAACGGCCCAUUAGUCAGUCCCUUUCUUCUUUUACGCUCCAUGCCUUAAAUACCCUAUAUACAUAUUUUGAGGCGAUAGCGGCAAGCCUUUCAGAGCAA